UCUCUCUCCACACACACUCAGACGCACACAAACAGAAACGAGGAGAGAGCCAGAGAGCAGAACUGCGGCGGCACGAUGGGGAUAUUCUGCCUGCGUGGGCUCCGUCGCUGAGGCGUCCGGAGUUCAGCCACAGAGUGUGUGUGUGUGGUGUGUCUGCUCAUGUGUGUGUGUGUGCGUGCAUGUGUGAGUGCGUGAAAGCCCCUGCCGACGCCGUGCGGAGAAAAGAGAAGAAGGGGAACCAGAGGAGAGCGGGUGGAGAAGAGCAGGAAAAAGAGAGGGGGAGUGUUGACUGUCUGGGGCUUGGAGGAACCUCACGCCACUGGAUCAGAGGACGCAGAUGUGCAACAACUACUCCAACUACUGCCGCUUGUGUUCGACUGCGUGCCACUGCCUGCCCGUCCUGUUAACUUCUGCCAUGGCAUUGCCUCCUCUUCCAGCUCGCUUCUAACCCACUAAGGAAACGGGCAUGCAUGGGCACAACUGGGGAUCUAGGCUAUCACAUCCUUAACAUCAGUAAUUCACAGUCUGAGGAAACAUGGUGAGCAAGGAGGGUGGCAAAUGCAUGCUCACCAACUCAGAGUCUGACUCGGAGGCAGCGCCCUUGCCCUCCACCUCGCUGGCGCUGGAGGUGAAGUAUUCCCUGGAAGCCAGUCGCCAGGUGAGGAAGCGAAACAAGGCCUUGCAAGUGCGUUUCAAGGACAUCUGCGAGGCACAGAACGAGCAAAGGGAGGCGGAGUUGCAGGCAGCCGGGAAAGGUGGCAAGCCAAUGUCAUACAAAGUGGCAUACCGCAAGUACAUGACCGUCCCCGCCCGCAGAUCCAUACCAAACGUCACAAGGAGCACAGGCGUCCAGACCUCCCCCGACCUGAAGAAACGCUAUCAGACCUUUCCCUUUGAGCGCAAAAAAGGCCACACCUUUAAACACAUGGCGGCUGUGGAAACUUAUAAAGGUCAGAAUAAUGGUUUUGUCAUGGAGGUGAAGCAGUCCAAGGCAGCUGAGCGGGGUUUAGACGAGGAGGAGGAGGGAGCCUGUGGGGGAAGCGGAGUCCUGAGGACCAGGGCUCUGCUCCAUACUAAUGAGUGCAUUGCCACAGUGGAGCAGCACACUGCACCUGAUGGCCUGUGCUCUGACGCUCUGCUGCUCAGUUGCACUGCAGACACAGACUGCCUUGCAGACACACCGAGAGGAAGCGGAGCCGGAGCACAGGCAGAGUACCAGCUCUGCAGUAUCCCAUCCAAAGCCAGAACAGGAUUACAACACAGGGAGGCCGACGCGGACCGCUCGGCCAAGAGGCAGCUUCUCAAUCUGGAGGAGGGCUCGUCCCAAACCCUGCCGGACAGGGCCUCCAAGGUUACGGGCCCCAUCGCCUGGAACUCCCUCACACAGGUGGAGUGCCUGGAUAGUCCAUCUGUGCGGAACAAGUGGAAGAAAGGCCUGCAGCUCAACGGGCUGUCAAGCGAAACGCUACCAAGAUCCAGCGGAGGCUGUACAACACAGGCACAGUGCCACACAGGACAGCUUUCUGCCCGGCCUAUACGGGGCAUGGAGGAGCCUCUGUCACCCUGCAUAGGUAGUGAGACAGAUAGGGCACCAUCUGACCAAACGCAGGAAGCCUGUAAGCAAAUAGUGCCUAUGAAUCAGGACGGGGAUGUUAAAGCACAGCUCCAGGCCAUGGAAAAUCUCAUCAGCUCCAGCCAAGAAACCAUCAAGGUGCUGCUGGGGGUUAUCCAGGAACUGGAGAAGGGAGAGGCCCACAGAGAAGGACUCUCCUAUCGAACCGGACAGGACACGGCCAACUGUGACACAUGCCGGAACAGCGCAUGCAUUAUUUACAGUGUGGAACUGGACUUCAAACUGCAGGAGGACAAGCUACAGCCACUGAUGAAGAGGCUUUGUCCUACGGAGGACUCCCACUUUCCCCCCCUGCCUUACCCCCAGGAGGCCUUUACCUCCACCCCAAAACGCAAGUCCAAAGCUGACUCCAAGAAGCACGCUCGCUGGAAACUUUGGUUCCUGUGAAAACACAGAACCAUCUCCUCCCCUGCUACCGAUGCACAGGAUUUAACAGUCCGUCUGGUCAUCCGUAUUUGUUUGGUUUAUCCACCGUCUAAUGUUUUAUCACAUCUCCUUGGAUUUUGUAGACCUGGCAACCAGUAUUAAUGGAGAGCUCAACAACUGGAUACUGAACCUUUUUCACGAGAUGACAGGAUGUGUAACGGGACACAAGUGUGGAUUCAGAGUUAUUUUGAGCUAAUUUCUUCAAACAGGGUGUGAAAUUACACCAGGGAAACAUAUUUGGAGAUCAGCAAGGUGAGAAGACGAAUUUGAUUUCCCGCUGUCUAUUUGCAUAUAUUUUUCUAGCUGACGUCUGCGGGGUCCUGUUCUGUGAUAACAGUUCAGAGUCCGUCACAUUUCUAUUCACCUGUUGGGACUCUGUCUUUCUUCCCAGCCUCCCGGAGAGGUUGGAAUUUCAACCAUACUGCUCUCCAUAAACAGCAUAUCACUGUACUGCAAAGCACAAUUAACACUGUUCAGGAUACAUUUUCCUCCAGAAUAAUUAAAAAGAACUAUUUUGAGUAUUAACUCACAGAUGUAGAUUACCUACUAACCAUGACAGAUCGAAGACUUUCAUAUCUAUCUAAAGAAGAGACCUAAAGGACAAAAUGUCAGAGAUGUUUAUUGGAGUUCUAUGAUCAACUUUCUAUUCAUCGCUAAAAUGUCUCCAUGAAUCGACUGACUUUGAAGUAAAGAAUGAAUAAAUAACACUUAUUUUCUUAAUAACAUUUGCAAAGUUAGACGUCAAUGUACUUUUUUCUAUAUAAACAUAUAUCUAUAUACAUUCACUUUAAGGUUUAGUGGAAUAUAUUGAUUUGAGCUGUAGUGAAAGGGCAGUUCAAGAGCUGCAAUGCAAAGGACGUUAAUCAUUUCAAAUUCGUUUUCAUACAUCAAAUAGAGUUCUUACUAACCUCACAGUGCAUAUGGUCAUUGAAACACAAUAUAAAGAAAAGAAGGAAUCCAUGCAGGCCAUCAGUAUGAAAGUAUAGACACACACAGAAGCAAACCAAGCAUAACAAAUAGUGUUGGUUUUUAGCACAUGUGAGGGGUAAUAGAAGAUAUCUGUGAUUGUAUUGCUGCAGUAUCCUGCAUCAGCUACUACAAUAGCUACUGAAACCAAGCCAGAAAGACUGAAUGUGCCACUUCAGAUCACAACCAGGGCUUCUAUAAUGCAGGGUGGCAGGCGUGUAGCCUUGCAUGCUUUUUACAACCCUUGGAUUUUGCAGGAUAUUUUGUAGCUUUUCAAGAAACAUUUUUUAAACAAAACAACAAAUGUCCUUUUAUUUCUUUUUCCCGUUAAAGAAAACAUUACUAGCUCCUGCUCAUUGCUUUGCAUUUAUUUGACUAUAAAGUAAAAACUCAUGUAGUAACUUCGCACAGGGUUUAAAGACUAUGUAUAGCCAAAAAAAUCCAUGAAUUUACUGUAUCUAAGUAUCUGUUGUGUAUCAUCAAACAGGGCUAAUACUAUUUUAUGAGUGGGAAAGCAGCCAAUAUCUCUCAAAGAAAACAAGAUUAAGUUAACAACUCCUGCAGGAGCAUAAAACCGAAGUCACUCUAAAAGCCAAAAACACUGCCCCAAAAGACAACAAAUGUGCCAAAGUGGUUUCAAGGGCAAAGAUGAAACAACACAACAAGAAUACCUAGCCAACUAGAUAUCACUGGUUUGAAUUUUACAAGCUCCAAGCAUGCUGCAUUCUGUUGGUAACAUGUCAUUCACGCCAUCAUUCUUGUACAUGCCGGGUUGGUUUCUCUCAUUAGUUAUAUUGUAGCAUCAAGAGAGAACUAGACAUUUAUCUGUACCUUAAAGAAGUGCAAUUGAUUUAUUAUGUGCAAUACUGUGUCUUUUAUACAGUUUUUUAAAAAAGAAAAAAUAAAGAUAUUUAUUAUGUAAAAUAUGAAAAUAAAAACAGACAUCUACAGAGCUCUCAAAAUUUGAAGCAGACUGACUUUCAUUUGCAGAGCCCCAAGCAGCCGAGCAGAUUUUUAAUUUAUCUUUUUUUUUUUUUUUUUUUUUAAAGCAGACAAACACCGGAUAAAGGAUUGGUUCCUGCAAAUCACAAAAUAUGUUUCCUCACUUACUUCUAAUGGCAUCUAGCCCAUGUCAGAUGGUUCAGAUUUUAUUUGCCCCGACUUCUGCGCUCUGAAUUACCCUCACAGUAUCACUGUAUCUGCAAAGACUCAGUGCCUUUGAAUGUUUUAAAUAGUUCUGUUUAAUUGCUAUGAAAACUGUGAAGGAAACUUCAUUUACCUCCACUGUUCUGCUCUUCCAUUCUCAGAGACAGAGCACAAACCUUGGGCAAACUAUCUGCAUGGCUAUGUGGUACUAGGAAUAAAUGAGAAAAUACUGUAUCUAUUGUAAUUUGGAUGAACUAACCUACUGAGAACUAAUUUUACUCACAUCAUUUGAAAAUUCUGUAUGCAAAAAAAACUCUUAUGUGAUGAAAAGCGGAGGUAAGGUGGAAAAUAAAAUCAGCCUUGCAUCUCUUUGAUGUCGUGGGGAUGCACAACACAAGAGCAGAAUACAGCAGAGAGAUAAGCAGCGUAGAGCGUCUGGUGCACAAAGUCAACCUGCCUGGGAAACGGCUUCUAAUCCAAAGCUUACACUCACUGCACGAUCCAUUCCUCACUGUAAUACAGUUUGUGACUUUCAGGCGAGUCCAUGCGUCCACCGUGUGCACACAUGCACCUGCUGAUGUUAAUGCAGAGCAGUCAUGAAGUGGGCCCAGGAGGUAAACUAGUCACAAAGCGCUGAGUAAAUGCCCCAGAGAUGCAGAGUGACCCUCACGUAGAUGCAUGAAGCACUGUGGCAGGCAGACAGCACUAUUCCUCCUCUUCUUACCCAAUGCACGAUAAUCUCCACAGGGCUUCCCUUGAGUGGAUGUUUACACCACAGUACUGAAGGUACAAACAAGACACCCAGUGCAGCUUAACAUCUUGCACUCUUACAUCCUUUAAACACGGUCCUCUGUGGUUCGAAGGUGGCAUCAGCAUGCAAGUCACAGCGCUUUUCACACAGUGUUGACAGUGGCCACUCAUCUGACAUGAUUUGCUACAGGGUCAAGAAACCCGAAGGGAUCCUCAGUCAAAGUUUCAGCACAGGUGAGGGGAGAAGAGGUGCAGCGAGUGAUAAGUGCAUGUUUGAGGCAUUAUGAUGCAGUGCCAUAUCUCACUAUGCUUCUUUUCUGUAAGAGCUCUGCAGCAGUCUGGCCAGCAGGAGAGGGAGAAAGAGAGCGAGGGAGAGAAGACAGAAAGAUGCAAGGAGAUGCUAAGAGAAAUAUUUGGACAGAAACAGAUAUAGAGACAUAAGGAUGAAGAGAGUGAGAGAUACAGAGACCCAAACACGCAAGAGAGGAACGAAACAGAUCUGAAUAGGUGCACUGUUGCACUGUACAGUAUUCGCUCAGUGAGUGCAUGCAGCAAAGGAAAAGCUCUAGCCCCAAUAGCCGGUCAGCCCCAUACUGUCAAUCAAUAACGCAGAGUCCUUCCCCUGCAGCUUUCCACUCCAUUCCCUCUGCACACUGCAGGAAAAUCAUCAGGAUAGCUGUGGAGCACUGCAGCCAACUAUCACCACGAGCCCUCUUCAAAGCCACAGUUCAAAAAAAGUUCAAUGGGUUAUUAGAUAACCGUCUAGCAUUGUUUCAAACCUCUGCACUGGCUAUUUAAGUAUACUACAAUAUCGGUUUUGACAUUCAGGUGUUUGCUGACAAUGCAUAACAAAUUAUGCAACCUUGGAAGCAGAGCACUAGCACGUAAUACACAGAUUUUUCCAUUUGCAGCUUCCUAUUCAUGUGUAUCUGCAAGGCUCAUCCAGAAGCUUAAAUUAGACCAAAUGUAAUUCAAGGGCAUAAAGGCAGAACUUGGUAAUUUCAGUAGGAACAGCCAAAAUGCUUCUGCUACUAUCCUAAUGUAAAUGAAUUCACAAGGACCCGUUUCAACCUGUGUGAGGGUGGACAUGAAUAUAAAGACACAGCCUGCAAGGAUGUCCAAUGAUGCAAAUGUGUGAUGAUGCUGUGGUAUAAGUCGCUAACAGGCAUAGCACUGCAGUGACAACACGCAACAAAACCACCGCCCCCAAAGUCGUCACUGUGAUCAUUCUCAUCAACAUUCUGUGUCCACCGCCGCCGCCAGGAGAGAGGAGAGGGGAGAAAGAAAAGAGAGAGAGAGAGACAGAGUACAACGUUAAUGCAUAAAUCUAAAUGUAAGAGGCUGCCACUCAGAAGAACAAGGUCGGUGGUUGGAUGCGGUGUUGUGUGAGCAGCAGCGCGCAAUGUGCCUGCAGAGUAGGCAGCAGUACCCAGAGGCGGCAACAACAGCCCUCUGAUUAGAAAGCUACAACGCUUCUAGCGGCGCUAACUGGGGCUCAUAGUUGUUAAAAAUUUACAGCAACCUUAUUGAUCAUGAAAUAAUGAUUUAAGGCUCUAAUUCAGAUGCAGCUCCUGUUCCAAGUACUAUAUAAUGCAUAGCGUUUGACAGAAAGAGCCAUUGGCUUUCAUAUGACCUCUAAUUUCCAUUGCAUGAAAGGACACUGCACAUUGAUGCAAAAUAUUAUUCAGGUAAUUAGAAAUGUCAAGGCAGUCAAGUGCAGUGGCUAGCUAGCUACAGAGCCAAUAGCUGACAAGAUAGGGGUCAGUGGGGACAGUAACAGCAAGCUGUGUAUAGGACAGCUGCAGCACAUGUAUACAAAGCAGAUAGUUUCAACAAGGGCCGCAGGAGGUCAGUGGUUUCAUUAACUAGAAAGGAGGCUGGUCUUCCUCGGCACCAUUCAGCGGACACAGCUGGAAGCAAGGAACACCAUUUCACCUACACUACAGGGGGAAGCUGAAAUAGAUGCACUUAGUAUAAUACAGCAGAGAGGAGACCUGCAUGUGCUAUCUUCAGCUUGACAGCCUUUUAGACAAAGUGGUACGCAAGUUCCAUGUCUGAAGAACAUGAUCAAAAGAACCCCACUGCAGUGAAAAAUAGAGGGAACAUGGCAUUAGCAGAGGACGAGCUAUAAUGGGAGCUGAGCCAAGUUCUAACAACAUAUCCAGUGAAGUACAAUCUCUUUUCCAAAUCCACUUUCCAAACUUUUUGACCAGGAGCCAGGCAGGACAAUGGAGAGUCUCAAUCUCUGGCAUAACAAUGAAUAGACUGGAGAGCCACAGGGGGAGAAUAAGUGGGAGUCCUAGACCUCCUUUGGGCAGCUGGCUGGGAGAAAACAGCCAGCAGGGCAGCCUCCGCUCAACUCACAGCUUCAUUAGCUUUACAUUAUUCAGUAUGAUGCACGCUAGUGAUCUGUUACACAACAGAGUGCUUCCCGUCUACUAGACUUGCUCGGUGCGUUGCCGGAACACCUUCAGAUAGAGUGAGACACAGAAAGAACAGCUACAAAAUCUCUGCAAUCUGCAAGCAUCACUUUCCUGAAACCCAAAAAGAAAACAAGCAUGUGAUAGAGGGGAGAGAAAAAGAGGACACAGGGGACAAAGGAUGAGUGCUGUGGACGUAUUAUAUCACUAUGACAUAACGUGCACACAAACACAGAGGGUGAUCACAGUGUGAUAACUGUGGGCCUUAUUAAAUCAUUCUCUGCUGGUGUGGCUCAGUUACUGGUAAUAAAAGCUUUAAUUUAACCAGGUGACGCUGUCGUCUGUUGCUCCCCAGAUGGAGAGGUUGCCAUGCUUGCACACAGACACACAAAACAAACAACUCAGAUGUGAGGAGAAACAAUGAUACACCGACCAGCAACAGUAUCAAUGUAAGUCAGUACCAUCUGACUCUCUAUUUUUGUACACAUUCAUCAAAUCCAGAGAAAAUGCCUCAACACUUAGCUACAUUUAAAUGAGCCGUUAAAGUACCUUUAAGUGCUCUCUGAGGAUCCCCUUCAUUACAAAACCUUCCAUAAAAAUUACAUAUUUACUACUGAAGACUCCCUUUCAAAGUCAACACAUCACACGUUACAUGCAGCUCUAAUGAAGACAAGCAUCAACAGGACGCAACAGAAUGAUUCAAAGAACAGAAAAGUAGAAAUUCAUUACUCAAAUUCUACAGGUGACCUUAACUGGACUUUUCAGACUCAUGAAAAUGGAUGAAGGAUUUGUAGGCAUAUUUUGCACAAUGACUGAUAAGUGCUUUAAUUGCUACCAAGCUCUUGCUGAGAGAGUGAUUUGAAGAAGGAUGCUAACGGCAAUAGCAGAGGGGUACAGUGAUUAGAUUACAGCACAGAGCAUCACAAAUGUAUUAAUAAGUGAGAAUCAGGCACACAAACAGGUAAACCACAGAUAAAAACAACCCUCACACACACCCCAGCAAACAAACAACUGGCUGGAGAAAGAUAUGAGCAGAUCAAAGCUGCUCUUAGAUUGGGGUUGUGUGAAAGCAUUCCUGCCAAGAUAGAAUUUACCUUUAAUGAUAGUUUUGGGUUGGAACUGGAGUUGCUGUGGGCCUGUGGGAGCAAAUCUGGUUGUGGUGCAUAGGCUUGUGUGUGUGCGUAAGUAUGCAUGUGUGUUUAAAAAAAAAAAAAAAUAGUAAAAAACAGAUAAAGAGCUGUGGUUUACCAUGGUAUACUGCUAAAACCUACAGAGAAUUGAACAAACUUACGAUGUGAGGGGAAUCCCGGCCCAUGGAAAUGACUGUUCUGUUGACUGUCCUCAGCAGCUUCUCCAUGAUGAUCUGCACAUGCCACUGGGUGGGACCCUGCAAAAAAUACAAAUAAAAAUACAGACGAACAUGCACUUAUCAGCACACAGUCAUGGGAAGGAGAGCGCAUAAUAAACAUUUCAAAAAAUAUAUACACAUGCUGUAAUCUGUCACAUCACUGCUAAGAACUGCUGAUUCACUGAGAGAGUUGAACAAGUUCAGAGGAAAUUUCUGCUUUACGUUCAUAAAACAUAAAUA